CACUUUGUCAGCGAGCGCAAGUUCGACGAGGAGCUGGGCCGGGCCGGGCGCUUCGGCUGCGACCUCGAGGCGCUGAGGGGCAGCAUCGGAGCCUUCGGCCAGGGGCGGCACUUUGUCAGCGAGCGCAAGUUCGACGAGGAGCUGGGCCGGGCCGGGCGCUUCGGCUGCGACCUCGAGGCGCUGAGGGGCAGCAUCGGAGCCUUCGGCCAGGUUUCCCACCCCAGGCCGAGCUAUUCCAGCCGCUCCCGCUGCAGCUCCGGCCCCGGAUCCUCGGGAUCGGGAUCGGGAUCGGGAUCGGCCCCGGCGCUCCCAGCAGGAUCAGCCCCGGGAUCCCCCCUGGGACCCCCGGAAUUCCCGACGGGAUCGGCCCCGGGAUCGGCCCCGGGACCCCCCCAGGGCGGCGCGGCCCCAACGGAGCCACCCCCGACCCCACAGCCCCCCCAGCGGAGCCGGAAACCUCCGGGAGCGGCCGGACCCCGCCCCUCCCCCCAGC